CCAUCAGUUUUCCUUUCUUGGCUCGAGGGAGGCUUCCAAGUUCCAACCUCGACGGCCCCCGGGAAGCCUCUCGAGCCUCUCCACCUCCUCCUCUCCUCACAUGGCCGGCGACGCGAAGGCCGAGGCGGCGAGGCCGCAGUCCUCCUCGCAGGAGGAAGAGGAGGACUGGAAGGAGGCUGAAGGGGACGUGAUUGAGGUCGACCGCGCCACCAGCAAUGGCGGCGGGGAGGGGGAGGUGCCGAAGGACAGGCCGAUCCGGGUCUACGCCGACGGCAUCUACGACCUCUUCCACUUCGGCCACGCGGGGUCGCUCGAGCAAGCCAAGAAGCUGUUUCCAAACACAUAUCUUCUUGUCGGAUGCUGCAAUGAUGAGUUGACACACAAAUUCAAAGGGAGAACUGUUAUGACUGAGGAGGAGCGAUAUGAAUCACUUCGUCAUUGCAAGUGGGUUGAUGAAGUCAUUCCUGAUGCUCCAUGGGUGGUGACAGAAGAGUUCUUGGAUAAGCAUAACAUCGAUUAUGUUGCACAUGAUUCUCUGCCGUAUGCUGAUGCUAGUGGAGCUGGUAAAGAUGUCUACGAACAUGUCAAAAAACUUGGUAAAUUUAUGGAGACCAAGCGCACGGAUGGGAUAUCGACAUCGGAUAUUAUAAUGAGGAUUGUUAAAGAUUAUAACGAGUAUGUUAUGCGGAAUCUGGCUAGGGGCUACACCAGAAAGGAUCUUGGUGUCAGUUAUGUGAAGGAAAAACGACUGCGAGUUAACAUGGGAUUGAAAAACCUGCGUGACAAAGUGAAGCAACACCAAGAAAAAGUAGGGGAGAAGUGGAAUACGGUUGCCAAACUCCAGGAAGAGUGGGUGGAAAAUGCAGAUCGCUGGGUUGCCGGUUUUCUAGAGAAAUUCGAGGAGGGCUGUCACUCAAUGGGAACCGCCAUCAAGGAGAGGAUCCAGGAGCGGCUCAAGGCACAAUCCAGGGACUUCAGCCUUCUUCAAUAUGACAGCGACGAGUACGAAGACUAUGAAGACGAUGACGAUGAUGAGGACGACGACGAGAAGUACGAAGAUGUCAAGGAAUAGCGCCUCUAUAAAUACACCUCAAGUUACCAAUACGUACACGCCCUACAUGUUGCAAAUCGUUGGUCUUGCACUACAUGUCUUGGUUUGUGAACUUGUGCUGUCAGGGUAUAGAUCUGCUUGCUACGUUUGUAGCGUCCCUUGCUGUUUGUUUAGGCAACUUACGGUUGUAAAAGCCCUAGUGGGAAACCUGAACAUUAUCGAUGCUUGUCUUGAGGAUACAGGUUACAUUUUUUUGCUUU